AAUGUGUCUGCUGAUUUUUCCUCUUCUGCCACAGUGGCAGAGGACAUUGGACCUCACCAGCUGGAGCGUCUGGUGGAGCUACUGACAUAUCAUGAGUGCGAGGAGCUCAUCUCUGCCAUGUCUCAACCCGAGGAGAACAUCUUCCAACACUUGGACCGACUGUCUGCAGAAAGGAACCAGUUACUGCGGUCAAGAAGACGCAGAAACAUAGGCAAGCAUGAUAGACCCAAGCACCAGAAGCCCCCCUGUCGCUCAGCACUUAAGGACUGGCUGCAGAUUCACGGCAAGCAGAUAUACUACGACAGGCUGUCUCGUGCACUGCAACAGAUCGGCAGGACUGACAUUGCCAUAGAGGUGGGUAAGAACAUCAACCAGGACAAAACUCUUGCUAUACAGAGAUAUGUGGAAGGCUACCAUGAACUUGUUAGCCAAAUGGCCACCCAUCUGGAGAACCAUGAACCAGAAGAUCAUGAUGAUCAUGGGGACCAUGAGGAGGUGCUGCAGUACUCUGCAAAACAGGGCAGAGGGUUCACCUGGAAAGAUGUGGACUUGGUGGUGAAAAGGCAACCAGUGCCACCUUAUCAACACCAUCUGCUAGACAGAGCAUGGCCUCUACUUUACGGCCUCCUGCUUGGAUUUGCCAGCGCACUGCUCAUGAGCGUGGCCAUCUUGCUUAUUAGCAUAUAUGUAUCCCAUGGCAACAGAACCAAAUCCAGGUCUGAGCAUCAGCCCUUUUGCUGUCCGCUCCUCAGAGUUGUAACAUCAUCAGACAUACAUCAUCCAGAGGACACAAGCAGACCGAGUAAUGAAUGUUCAGGACAAUAA